AUGUUUUGCCUGUGCCUGCCUCUAUGUGCUCAGUCCCAGCAAAGAUAUGGAUCAGCGGCAGUCGCGGGAAACGGUCCCACACCAGCAGCAGCGCCUGCGCCUUCCGCUUGGGGCGCAGGCCCUGCGCGCACAGGUGCGCCUACCCCCGCCGCUUCCACCACCCAGCAGCGGCAGCAACAGCAACCAGCGGUGCAGUUGUCGUCUGGCCCGGGGAUUCCAGGGUUCGAAUCCGCGCCUCCGCCUGCGGAUUCCGCCUUCCCCGGUCUCUCCUGUUCCACGUCCGCGGGCGGAGCAGCAGUUCGGCCUGGGGCUUCGGGCGUAGCUGCGUCGGGCGCAGGCGCGCCUGCGCCAGUAGCAGGGUCUGGGGGAGCGCCUGGCGCAGGACCCGCGGGUGUGCCUGCGCCGAGACUAUCGUUUGCCGCUGCCGCAGCGGCUGGGGGGAUGUCGUACGCGCAAAGAGCAGCGCAGGCGCUGAAUCGCGCGGCUGCACCGCCCGCCCAGGCGCAACAGGCGCAGGCGGAGCAAGCGCGGGUGGGCGGAAGCGGGGCGCAGCAAGCGGCAGGUCAAGCAGGGGAAGCCGCCUCACAGGGGAAGGCGGACGCUGCUAAGCCGCCGCAGGGCACGGAAACAGCAGCACAGGCGGGUAGUGCAUCUCAAGCAGCUGUGCAGAAGCAGCCGGAUCAAACACGCACCCAGCAACUUCAGCAGCAGCCGUGGCAGGGUCAGAAGCCUCAACCAGGCCAAUCCGUCGCGCCUGUUCCCCAAACCUCCACCGCAGGCUCGGCAGCAGCGCCGGCGGGGUCCCUCACAGGGUUCUUGUCAGCUGCGCGCGCGGGGCUAGGGGAGGGCGCAGGCACAGGCGCAGGCGCAGCUGGUGGGGUGGGGAUGGACGGGGGUCAGGGGGCAGCGGGCGGGGCAAAGGGUGGCGCAAAGGGUGGGGCGAAACCACCUGCGAAGGCUCCUGGUCCUGCUGCGGCUGUAGCAGGGCCUCCUGCUCUCCCCCCCGGCGUAUCGCCUGUAGCUCUGCAGUUCGGCACGUUCAACCCUAACUUCAUGGGCGCUAGUGGCCCCGUCAUUGUACGCCCCGUUUCCCCUUUCUCUCUUCCUCGCUCCCGUCCUCUGUCUCUCACCACUUGA